UGUGUUAUAUUAUCAAACGAUUUGGCAGCGGCCGCCGUAGGCUUCACUUAAAAGAGGAGGCUCAGACUCCCUUCUCCUUAAAGAAACACUUUCAUUUUUACCUUCCUUUUCGAACAUGGACGACAAACUAGAGCAAUCGUCGCUGUCAACUCUCCGCCGCCGCAACUCCAUAUCAACCCCUGUCCAAGUCCCCGCAAAGCUAACUCUCCUAACUCCAAAACCUCUCCAAAUCGCCACCAGCUUCCCAAGUGGCAGCGCCGCCUCGGCGCCGCUUGACCUCGAAUUUAUCUCCCUCAAUACCUCCUUUGCUUCCUACACUUCACUCAAAGACAUCCUCCCUUCUUCCGCCGUCGCUAUCAACUCCCCAACCGCCGCAGGAUCUGCUACGAAUUCCGGGCACGGACUUUCCAUCCGUAACCGUUUAGUUAAACAGGCGGCUUGGGCUUGUCUUCAGCCCAUGUCUUCUUCCCCUGACUCAUCUGGCCCUCACUUUUUCCGUCGGUUUUGGCUUCGGUUCUCUUCUCAAAACCCCAUCUCUUCUUGCUUCCGGUUCUUCCACCUCAAAUUCCUUCCGGGUCUGACCCGAGUCUUAGAUCGGGUCCUCCGAUCCAUUGGAAUCAACUUCACCAGAUAACACAUAAAGGGUGCGUUUCACAC